CUGGAGUUCUUAACUCAUAAUUUGACACUUUAUUUUUAUUUUUUUACACUUUUCGGUUAAGAAACAAGUCUUAUAUCUUUUAUAUUUAAGAAACGGUUCUUAGUUUUUUUUACUUAAAAGCUAAGAAACAGUUUUUAAGAAUCUGGGUUAAUCAUGGUCUUAGUUACCGAAGAUUUUGUAUUUUUUGUGCCAAUAGGACCGAAGGAAAUCUCACCUUAUCCACAUUACAACCACAAUCCCUUAUUUACAUGCACGUCCACGUCAUCAUCAUCAUCAUCCACUUUGAUCUCCAAUACUAAAAUCUAAAUCUCUUCCUUCUUCACCACCCAACCAAUCAAAGACCUGACUACUCUUGAAUUUUCUGAACAGGCAAAAGAGAAACAACAGGGUAUGUUAAUGGCGGCCAUGAACUCGAGUGUUCUCACAUGCAGCUACGCUAUCUCUGGUGCUAGCUCAGCAGAGCUGAACCAGAAAGUGGGGUUGGUGAAUUCAUCAGUUGGUUUUGGUCAGAAGAAACAAACGCUUCCGGUGAUCAAAGCAGCUCAAAGAGUUGGUGGUGAUGAUGUUAAUGGACGAAGAUCCGCAAUGGUUGUCUUAGCCGCUACACUCUUCUCCUCUGCUGCUGUUUCUGCUUCUGCUAAUGCUGGCGUCUUCGAUGAAUACCUCGAGAAGAGCAAAGCCAACAAAGAGCUUAAUGAUAAGAAGAGAUUGGCAACAAGUGGAGCAAACUUUGCGAGAGCGUUUACUGUCCAAUUCGGAAGCUGCAAGUUCCCUGAGAAUUUCACUGGUUGCCAAGAUCUUGCCAAGCAAAAGAAAGUCCCAUUUAUCUCAGAAGACUUGGCGUUGGAAUGCGAAGGCAAAGACAAGUUCAAGUGUGGUUCCAAUGUUUUCUGGAAAUGGUGAACAUGUUUCUUUUUUUUUUUCUGUCCAUUCUUGUAUAAACUCAACAAUGUAUCUAUCACCCAUCUCUCUCACUGUCUUGAUUCAUCAAAGUUCUCAUAUCCAUUUGAAUCUAUCAAGUUAACCUCUA